UUUUGCUGUGUGCGUGCAUGUGUGUGUUUUAGUGUGUGCGUCUCACUCAUGUUUCAGUCACUUAAGUGGACUUUUGCUCACUCACAGCCAAGUAUCCCACUGGACAUAUCAGAUUUCAUGUACAAACAGAGUUCUUUGUUCAUGGUGAUGACAUUGAACGUUCACACAAACAGAGUAUUGUCAUGAAAGUUUUUUUUUUUUUUUUGCCAAGGGUAUUUUAAUAAGGAAGCUGAAAAGCUUUCUUGCAGGUGGGAUGGGCCACAGACUCAGUCUGGCUUUCUUACCUUGGUACAUGCACCUGAACCGCAGACUCGCUGCACAACCGAGACAGAAGAUGGUCUUUCUAACAACCAAAAUGAUGCAAAGGACGGCGGUCUUUGUGACAUUCGGUGGCUGGAUCACAUCUCUGGUCACCACUUUUCUGCCCUUCUGGAAGACAAUGAAUUCUGACCUAAAUGAAGUGGAGAACUGGUUCUCUGGACUGUGGCUCACCUGCCUCUACACCGAGGAAGUGGGGAUUCAGUGUAAGGCCUACGACUCCCUCAUGGGGCUGCCUAUGGAUCUACAGAUUUCCCGAGUGCUCACGUUAAUAUCUGAUGGUGUCGGAGCUAUGGCCUUGUGCGUGGCUUUUCCAGCCCUCGAAGGAGUCAAGAUGUGUGUAUCACAACCCAGCACGAAGAGAAACCUCCUCAUCUCUGCAGGGGUUCUGACCUUGGUGUCUGGGGUCACCACUCUAAUUCCUAUCUCUAUUGUGGCAUACACGACCGUGGUGGAGUUCUGGGAUGAAGGUUUUCCUGAUGUAAUGCCACGGUGGGAGUACGGAGAGGCGAUGUUCUCUGGAUGGUUUGGAGGUCUGGGGCUGGUUAUUGGGGGAAUUCUGUUCUUUGUGGCUGUGUGUAUGGGGGACUACGAGCAGAAACUGACCAGCCCACAGAUGACGCCCAGGACAAAGCACUACCUGAAAACAGAGGUUUUAUAGCUUUGCAACAAAGAUCAUAGCUGAGCAUCCUUGAUUUUUUUUUUUUUUUUUUGGUCUGGAAUCAUACCAGCUAGUUAAUUUGUGAAAUAAACCACUGUCCUGUUGUUACAAAAGGAUAUGAUAAGAAAUUCAGAAAGUUUAAAACUACGUUUUUUUAAUUGUCACUUGAUUAAUUGCUGUUAGCUGAAAUUUUCUGUAAUCAUUUACAAGAUAAAGUAAUUCAGAUAUUUUUUUGUGAAAACAAUUUCAUUUAUAAAUGUACACAUUUACAUAAAAUUCAGAGAGAAGAAAUCAGAUUAGAGACUCACUUAAGUAACACAUUACUUUAUUUAUUUUUUUAAAAAUGUAUCUUUAUCUCUAGGCCACUAUCAGUUCAAGGCUUUCCAUGUAGUUUGUACUUUAACAUUUGUGGAUGUUGUUGUACACUCGAUUUGUUGUUUUAUCGCACUACUUGUCAUUUUAUUCACAAUAAAGCUCAGUUUAACUGUGAAACAAUGCUAAAUCAAUCUUAUUUACUUAAAACAUUUUCAACAACUCCAGAUGGCUUCAGGCCUCUC